UAUCACAGCGUUGUGACGUUGACUAAUGGCUACAAGGGAAAUAUGUUCGAAUUCAGAGGAAGUCAGCCAUUCUCCCUGUUUGUAUCGUGUUUGUGUUUAACACUUUACAAAAACAAUUAUUGCAUCUGAACGGUGACAUCAUGUCCCAAAUACCUAUGGGAAAAUUGUUAUUCAGAAAUAUAAUUCGCCACACAGAUGCACAUAAUAAGAUUAUAGAAGAGUCUGAGAUGUGGAAGCUGAGGGACAUGGAGAAGCAUUCUUCAGAUGACCAGGUUAUGCUCCACAGACGAAAGCCUGCUCACAUGUACAGUGGUCACAUGCACUGUGACCGCUUCCUGGAGGACACGCCCGCCUCGGCCCGGGACCGGGAGGACGAGCGGGAAACCCGCGACCUGACGCGGAAACUUUACGAUUUUCAGGCCAGCGACCCCAACAGGUGGGGGCACAGUGGGUUCAAGGAGCUCUACCCAGAGGAAUUUGAGAGCGAGAAGGAGUGCAGUGACGGAGAGAACCUGCGGCUCCGGAGGAAGAGGAGCAAGGCCAGCGCGGGCAGCGAGCGGCACAAGCACUCCAAGAAGUCCUCGCACAAGAAGAAGAAGAAAAAGGAGAAGGAAAAGAAGAAGAGGAAGGAGGAGGAGGAGGGGAAGGAGGGACGGCCGGGCAGGAGGAGCAGCAGCAGCAGUGAGAGGAGCGACAGCGAGAGGCGCCGUCGGCGGAGGAAAAGCGGCAAGAGCAAGCACAGGAGGAAGAAGAAGGAGCGCGGGAGGGAGAGGAGGGGGCAGAGCUGCUCGGGGGACAGCUCCUCGGCGGGCGGGGGGAGGCGCGCCAGGAGGCCCAGGAAACGCCGCAGGAGGGCGGGGUCGGACGGGGAGGGCCGCGCCCAGGACGAGCCGCACAGGAAGAAGAGGAAGGACUGGAAGGCGGCAAAUGAGGAGAAGUCCGAGGACAGCUCUGAGGACUGACCCGCCCGCGGGAGGAGCCUGCACGAGCGCCGGGGUUCAGGGCCUGCCAGUGACUGCUCCACUGCCCACCUCACACUCACUCAGUCUGUAUGUCAAAAGCAAGGUGACCAGGACCCACAUGUUCCCCCUUUCCCACUGUCCAGCUGGAGGCUAAGCUAGCGGACCCCAGGACAGACUACAGAACCUUUCAGUUUCAUUUUAAAAGGGAAAUUCAGCUAAUAAUGGCAUUGAUGUAUGCACCCACAGUACUAUCUUUCCGUCCAGAAAGUUUUCUAGGUCUCUGCUGCGGCUCAACCUGAUACAAAGGAACUUCUGGCCUUAGUGGCCUAAUGUUUACAUUAAAAAAAAACACAACAGCAACACUUCUUUCCAAAUAUAAUGCAUCAUGAACAUCCACAGAGCUUAAUUUCUGUACGGUUUCAUCAAGAACUACUACUGAAGUACCGUGCAUUGAGCGUUACAGAAGUAUGGGAUCGUUGAGGUCCCUUGUUUCAGGGUGAGCUGCGGCAGCUAUCUAGAAAACUCAGCAAAAAUCUGGAUGCAUAGAUGGCACUCUGGGUAACUGAAAAAUACCUUUCAUUUCAAAUUUCAUUCAAGUUCAGGACACACACUGGGUGCGAGGUUACCAAAAUUUCACCAGCACAUUACCUCUAAAGCAUCAUCUCACCAUGAGCAAGGUGAUUGUUUUCUUUAUUGAAUGACCCAGUAGUUCCAGGGUUUAUAUAAACCUGACUCUGUUGUGAUUGAGGAAAAGCACAUUGGUUAGUUUGGAGUGGAUUUAGUCUGCCAGAGAUCCUCCUGUUCCUGUUCUCUGCACAGGAACCACACUACAGGGUCAUGUUACGAUUACAUAAUAGUACAUUUCCUUGUAGUUUUGUUUUGUUCAUUCAACUGAGAGGUGUUCAACGUAUUUUACCCUGUGUCAGCCAGCUUGCUGAAUUCAGUUUUUAGAUCAGUUUUACUCAACAGGCAGAGCACAUUUGGUCAAAUGCAGUGCAAAAGGGCUAAAGGAAUUGAAUCUUUUUGAGGCCUCACCCCUUUCGGCGAAAUAGAUAACAAUUCAACCAGGCCUGAACUGUGAGAGACAGGCCAGCCCCCAGGUACUAUUCGGAUACCCAGCCAAGUUGAGCAGAAGUUGGUUCGUUUUUAAAACUCCAUAGCCGGAAAGUGGCUUGACACUCCUCGAUUGGUAGGUAGCACAAACUUGUUUACGCAUCAUUGAUGGGAAAAGAGAAUCAGAUGGCAUUGCCUCCAUCCUGCCUCCCCUUCCUUGACUCCUCCGGGGGAGGAAUGAACGCAGGACGCCAGGGUUUCCCUACCCCAAUGCAAGGUAACGAGCAAGAGAGACCGACAUAAGCAAACAUCCUCGUUACUGUACGCAAACAUGGUAUGGACGGACUACCAGAAGAGACCAGAUGUAAGAGUGUUCAAGGAUGAGCAGUAGAUGGACUGGUGAUGGUCAGACUGUCAGGGGAGCACACAGCUGAGGUUGAGCAGGCUUCAUGUGCCAACCGAAGUGAGAGUCUACGUUUCUACUGUGCGUUUGACUGGAGAAACUUCUGGAAGACUUGCAGCACAAGCUCUAGCAGGAGCUGGGCAUCCCUUACUCUGAAACAGCCAUUCAGUCUCAGUGUGUAAUAACAAGUGGACAUGUGUCUUUUGUUAGAUAUCUAUUUUUUAACUUUUUUAUAAAUUAUUAGCAAUCGUGGUUUUAUUGAACAAUAAAUUUGCUGUCCUGACUUGGAUGCAGGUCAGCAUCUUGCAUAUGUA